AUGGGGACCUGGAUUUUGUUUGCCUGCCUCCUGGGAGCAGCCUUCUCUAUGCCCCUACCACCUCAUCCUGGGCACCCUGGUUAUAUCAACUUCAGCUAUGAGAGCUCAUAUUUUCAGGUUGUCCGUAUUGACGGGACUGCAUCAGUGCUUACCCCUCUGAAGUGGUAGCAGAACAUAAUAAGACACCCGCACCCGUCCUACGGUUACGAACCCAUGGGUGGCCGGCUGCACCACCGAAUCAUUCCCGUGGUAUCCCAGCAGGCUGCCCUGCCGCCUCAUCACCACGUCCCCAUGGCGCCAGCACCCGCGGUCCCCCAGCAAACCACGGUGCCAGUUCCUGGCCAGCACGCCACGACUCCAAGCCAACCCCACCAGCCACGCCUCCCUGCGCCCGCCCAGCAGCCCGUCCAGCCGCAGCCUCACCCGCCCCUGCUGCCGCCGCCUCUGCCUCCGAUGUUCCCCAUGCAGCGCCUGCCCCCCAUGCUUCCUGACCUGCCUCUGGAGGCUUGGCCAGCAACAGACAAGACCAAGCGGGAGCAAGUGGUGAGUACACCGUGA